CCCUGUGCCAGGCAAGGUGCCAGGUAUAGGGCUGGAAAGGCCAGGGAGACACAGUCUAGUGGGAGACAAAGAAGAGUAGAUAGGAUAUUUCUGCAAGAUACAGUGGGAAUGUCCAGCAGGGCUGGCUGAGUGGAAAGGCUUUGGAGAAGAACCUCUGAGAUGGACUUUGAAGGUUGAGAAGUUUUCCAGUGGGGAAGAGGAAAGCAAAGACGUCUUCAGGUGGCUGCCCCGUGUGUUCCUCCGUCCAGCCAUGAACUGGUGCCCAUCACCAUGGAGAGUGCCCCGAAGAAUGUGGGGGACACGGUGAGUGAUGUCCCCGGGGCUGGGGACAGCCUGGACAGGUGCGAGGAGGCCGGGAGCCGAGGGCGUCUUGGGGGAAGAGUGAACCAGGGAGAAGUAGCCCCCCGGAGUGGAAGCUCUCGGAAGAGCCUGGAGGAAGACGGCAUCACCAAAGUCACCCCAAGUCUCCAGCCACAGCCGCAGCCCACCAGAAACAUGAGCGGAAGCAGGACGGUGGAGGACAGCUGUGAGCUGGACCUGGUGUACGUCACGGAGAGGAUCAUUGCCGUGUCCUUCCCCAGCACGGCCAACGAGGACAACUUCCGCAGCAACCUCCGCCAGGUGGCCCACAUGCUCAAGUCCAAGCAUGGAGGCAGCUACCUGCUGUUUAACCUCUCUGAACGGAGACCUGACAUCACGAAGCUUCACACCAAGGUCCUGGAAUUCGGCUGGCCUGACCUACACACUCCGGCGCUGGAGAAGAUCUGCAGCGUCUGCAAGGCCAUGGACACGUGGCUCAACGCUGACCCCCAUAACGUUGUUGUCCUACACAACAAGGGAAACCGAGGCAGGAUCGGUGUGGUCAUUGCGGCUUACAUGCAUUACAGCAACAUCUCUGCCAGUGCGGACCAGGCUCUCGAUCGAUUUGCCAUGAAGCGGUUCUACGAAGAUAAGAUUGUGCCCAUCGGCCAGCCAUCACAGAGAAGGUAUGUGCAUUACUUCAGCGGCCUGCUCUCCGGCUCCAUCAAAAUGAACAACAAGCCCCUGUUUCUGCACCAUGUGAUCAUGCACGGCAUCCCUAACUUUGAGUCUAAAGGAGGGUGUCGGCCGUUUCUCCGCAUCUACCAAGCCAUGCAACCUGUUUACACCUCUGGCAUCUACAACAUCCCAGGGGACAGCCAGACCAGCAUCUGCAUCACUAUCGAGCCAGGCCUGCUCCUGAAGGGAGACAUCUUGCUGAAGUGCUACCACAAGAAGUUCCGCAGCCCAGCCCGGGACGUCAUCUUCCGUGUGCAGUUCCACACCUGUGCCAUUCAUGACUUGGGAGUUGUGUUUGGGAAGGAGGACCUUGAUGAUGCCUUCAAAGAUGAUCGAUUUCCAGAAUAUGGCAAAGUGGAGUUUGUGUUUUCUUAUGGGCCAGAGAAAAUUCAAGGCAUGGAGCACCUGGAGAACGGGCCAAGCGUGUCUGUGGACUACAAUACCUCCGACCCCCUCAUCCGCUGGGAUUCCUACGACAACUUCAGUGGGCACCGUGAGGAUGGCAUGGAGGAAGUGGUGGGACACACCCAGGGGCCACUGGAUGGGAGCCUGUAUGCCAAGGUGAAGAAGAAGGAUUCCCUCAACGGCAGCACCGGGGUAGUGGCUGUUACUUGCCCUGCCCUGUCGGCCACACCCAAUCACGUGGAGCACACCCUGUCCGUGAGCAGCGAUUCAGGCAACUCUACAGCUUCCACCAAGACAGACAAGACCGAUGAGCCUGGCCCGGGGGCUGCUGGGGCCCCCACUUCCCUGAGUCCCCAGGAGAAGCAGGAGCUGGACCGCCUGCUCAGUGGCUUUGGCUUAGAGCGAGAGAAACAAGGUGCCAUGUACCACUCACAGCCCCUCAGGUCCCGCCCACUUGGGGGCUCGGCUGUGCCUUCCUCUGGCCGCCAUGUUGUGCCAGCCCAGGUUCAUGUCAACGGUGGGACCUUGGCAUCCGAGCGAGAGACAGACAUCCUGGAUGAUGAGCUGCCCAACCAGGAUGGGCACAGCGGAGGCAGUAUGGGAACUCUGUCUUCCCUGGACGGGGUCACCAACAUCAGUGAGGGAGGUUACCCUGAGUCUCUGUCCCCACUCACCAAUGGUCUGGACAAGCCAUACCCCAGGGAACCUCUGGUCAAUGGCGGGGGCUACCCCUAUGAGUCAGCCAGCCGGGCAGCAACUGCCCAUGCCAGCCAUGUGGCCCCCAUGAAGCCCUCCUACUCCACGCAGGAGGGUUUAGCUGGCUACCAGCGUGAGGGGCUCCACCCAGCCUGGCCACAGCCAGUGACCACCUCCCACUAUGGCCAGGACCCCAGUGGCAUGUUCCGUUCUCAGUCCUUUCCGGAUGUGGAGCCCCAGCUGCCCCCCGCUCCAGCCCGUGGUGGCAGCAGUCGGGAGGCUGUACAGAGGGGCUUGAAUUCAUGGCAGCAGCAGCAGCAGCAGCCUCGCCCACCUCCUCGCCAGCUGGAGAGUCUUCCAAGCAACAGACCCAGCCCCCAGCCACUGGCAGAAACCCCCACCCCUGCUCUCCCCGAGUUCCCCAGGGCGGCCUCCCAGCAGGAGAUCGAGCAGUCCAUUGAGACCCUCAAUUUGCUGAUGCUGGACCUGGAGCCCACCACCGCUGCUGCCCCCCUGCACAAGUCACAGAGCGUCCCUGGGGCCUGGCCAGGGGCUUCCCCACUCUCCUCUCAGCCCCUCUCAGGGUCUUCCCGCCAGUCCCAUCCACUCACCCAGUCCAGAUCUGGCUACAUUCCCAGUGGGCAUGCUACCGGAACCCCCGAGCCUGUGGCUCCUAGCAGGUCUUAUACACCUUAUGAGUAUCAGUCUUGUCCAGCUGGGGCCAACCAGAGUUUCCGUCCAAAGAGCCCAGCUGCCUCCUCCUCGCCCACCUUCACCCACAGCCCUGCAGGGCCUCAGCAGCCCCCGGCCUCUCUCCCUGGCCUCACAGCUCAGCCUCAGCUCCCACCAAAGGAAGCAACUUCAGACCGCUCCCGAACCCCUGAGGAAGAGCCACUGAACCUGGAAGGGCUGGUGGCCCACCGGGUGGCAGGGGUGCAGGCUCGGGAGAGGCAGCCUGCAGAGCCCCCGGCCCCGCUCAGGAGGCGGGCAGCCAGCGAUGGACAGUAUGAGAACCACUCUCCCGAAGCGACAUCCCCCCGCAGCCCUGGGGUCCGCUCUCCUGUCCAGUGCGUCUCCCCCGAGCUGGCUCUCACCAUCGCCCUCAAUCCCGGAGGGCGGCCCAAAGAGCCCCAUCUACACAGCUACAAGGAGGCCUUCGAGGAGAUGGAGGGAGCCUCCCCAACCAGCCCACCACCCAGUGGGGUACGCUCCCCUCCUGGCCUGGCUAAGACACCCCUGUCUGCUCUGGGCCUGAAGCCCCACAACCCAGCUGACAUCCUGUUGCACCCCACAGGCGAGCCCCGGAGCUAUGUGGAGUCAGUGGCGCGGACAGCAGUGGCUGGGCCUCGAGCUCAGGAUGCUGAUCCCAAGAACUUUAGCGCCCCAGCUGCCCAGGCCUACAGCCAUGAGAUGCCCCUGAGGAACGGGACCCUGGGUGGCUCUUUUGUCUCCCCCAGCCCUCUCUCCACCAGCAGCCCCAUCCUCAGCGCUGAUAGCACUUCGGUGGGAAGUUUCCCAUCUGGGGAGAGCAGCGAGCAGGGCCCCCGGACUCCCACCCAGCCCUUGUUGGAUUCCGGCUUCCGCUCUGGCAGCCUGGGGCAGCCCAGCCCUGUGGUACAGAGAAGCUACCAGAGCUCCUCUCCUCUUCCGGGCAUGGGCAGCAGCUACAGCAGCCCUGACUACUCCCUUCAGCAGUUCAACUCCUCUCCAGAAAGCCAGGCCCGGGCUCAGUUCAGCGUGGCCGGUGUGCACCCAGGAUCCGGGAGCCCUCAGACCCGCCACAGGACGGUGGGCACCAACACUCCCCCAAGCCCUGGCUUCGGCAGGCGGGCCAUCAACCCUAGCAUGGCUGCCCCUGGCAGCCCUGGCCUGAGCCACCGCCAAGUGAUGGGGCCAGUGGGCUCUGGUUUCCAUGGUAACGUGGUUUCCAGUCACCCAAGCAGUACAGCAACCACUCCCGGGAGCCCCAGUCUGGGCCGGCACCCUGGCACACACCAGGGUCUCCAUAGCAACACACUAGCUAGCCCUGGGAGCCCCAGCCUGGGCCGGCACCUGGGAGGGUCUGGAUCUGCAGUUUCCAGCAGCCCCAGCUUGGACCGGCACACGGCCCAUGGCGGCUACUCCACCCCAGAGGACCGGAGACCCACGCUGUCCCGGCAAAGCAGUGCCUCAGGCUACCAGGCUCCUUCGACGCCCUCCUUCCCCGUCUCCCCGGCCUACUACCCGGGCCUGAGCAGCCCAGCCACGUCACCCUCACCGGAUUCCGCUGCCUUCCGGCAAGGGAGCCCAACACCGGCCUUACCAGAGAAGCGGAGGAUGUCCAUGGGAGACCGGGCGGGCAGCCUGCCCAACUACGCCACCGUCAACGGCAAGGUGUCCUCCUCGCCUGUCACCAGCGGCAUGUCCAGUCCCAGUGCGGGCAGCACCGUCUCCUUCUCCCACACCCUGCCUGACUUCUCCAAAUACUCCAUGCCAGAUAACAGCCCUGAGACUCGGGCUAAAGUGAAGUUUGUCCAGGACACUUCCAAGUAUUGGUACAAGCCUGAGAUCUCCAGGGAGCAGGCCAUUGCACUCCUUAAGGAUCAGGAGCCAGGGGCCUUCAUCAUCCGCGACAGCCACUCCUUCCGAGGGGCCUAUGGGCUGGCCAUGAAGGUGUCCUCACCCCCUCCUACCAUCAUGCAGCAGAAUAAAAAAGGAGACAUGACCCAUGAGCUGGUGCGGCACUUCCUGAUCGAGACGGGCCCCAGAGGAGUCAAGCUCAAGGGCUGUCCCAAUGAGCCCAACUUUGGAUCCCUGUCGGCCCUGGUCUACCAGCACUCCAUCAUCCCACUGGCUCUGCCCUGCAAGCUGGUCAUCCCAAACCGAGACCCCACAGAUGAAUCGAAAGAUAGCUCCGGCCCUGCUAACUCAACCGCUGACCUGCUGAAGCAAGGAGCAGCCUGCAAUGUGCUCUUCAUCAACUCUGUGGACAUGGAGUCACUCACUGGGCCCCAGGCCAUCUCCAAAGCCACAUCUGAGACAUUGGCUGCUGACCCCACGCCAACUGCCACCAUCGUUCACUUCAAGGUCUCUGCCCAGGGAAUCACACUGACUGACAACCAGAGAAAGCUCUUCUUCCGACGACACUAUCCUCUCAACACUGUCACCUUCUGUGACCUGGAUCCACAAGAAAGAAAGUGGAUGAAGACAGAGGGAGGAGCCCCAGCUAAGCUGUUUGGCUUCGUGGCCCGGAAGCAGGGCAGCACCACCGACAACGCCUGCCACCUCUUCGCCGAGCUUGACUCCAACCAGCCUGCCUCCGCCAUUGUCAACUUCGUCUCCAAGGUCAUGCUGAACGCUGGCCAGAAGAGAUGAGCCUCUGGAGUCCUUGCCUAGCGCCAGACGGUUGGGGUGGGGCACGUGGGAGGGGACUCAGGAAUCCUAGCCACCUUGGAUCCAGAGGGAGGACUUGGGGGCCAAUUUUGAGGAGAGAAGAAAGUGUGUGGUUGGGGAGAGGGAAGUGAAUUGCAGAGGGGAAGGGGAGAGGGAGACAGAGAAAGAAUAUGAUGGAGAACUCAAGAUUCCCCUGGGUAGUUGGAAACUGCAAAAACCCUAUGCCCCUGCUGGCUCCCCCCAAGCCCCCUGCCCCCGCAAGAGAACAGAGUCCCUCAACAGAGGACCCACAGGCCUCCUUGGGAAUCCAUAUUUUAAGGGGUAAUGAAAAAGCUCAGGCUCCUCAACACACCUGCUUUGCAAGGAGAAAUCAAACUGAGAGUCCUUUUUCUGGCCACCUAUAGGGCAGGUUGCUAAAGCAGUCGGCCAACACGGACCAUCCGUGGUGGAACUUUUUCAAGUCUCUUAGACCAGAGCCACCCAGGUCUGCACUGUGUUCCCCUGUAUCGUUGUGGGGUGUGUAUAAUCUACCCUCACAGCCGCAGACACUGAUUUAUAUCUGCCUCUCUCUGCUAGAAUAUUCCAAACGGCUCUGCAUGCCUGGGUCCCAUGUGUCCACACCCAUGUGCAUUCUGUCCAAAGGGAGUGACAGGUGACAGAACGUGCAGCAUUGUGGGUAGCAGAGCUCCCUCCCUCCUCCCCCUCCCUCUGCUGGUCCCUGCCCCUCCCCUCUGGUAGUUACCCCUCCAGGAUCACCUCUGUCUCUACUGGGAGAGCUGGAGUUGGGUUUGAGGAAGUGGAUACUCAGAGAUUUGGGCAAGAGAUCUGUCAGGAAGGAUGGCUGCUAAACCCCUCCAUCUUCUCUGGGUACGUGGCUUGCAGCCAGUGGGGGCUAAGCUCUCUCUUCAGUGCCCAGGACUUUGCCUUACCCUCACCUCUCAGCCUCCUUUCUCUGCUAGGAGCCCCAACACCAGCCUUAGUUCAGACUUACUCAUUUGCAUGAUGCCUUUUGGGAGUUUGGGGACCAAGCCUUUCUGUCCUCCCCUUACAGGGUCCUCAUGUUGGGGUUCAUCCUGUUUCUCAAAGCCCCACUCAGUGAGAACGCAGGGAGAUCCCCCAAGUCCCCAGUCUCCACCCUGGGACACCCACCCAGGUACCUGGGGUGGCAUCAGAGGGCCCUGGAGGCUGCCGCCAGAGCACCAUGUGGCCUACCCGCAAUGCCAAAGCCUUGCUGAAUCUCCUUUUGCCUUGGUUUCCCCAUGCAAAGCCCUGUUGUCCACUGAGUGUGGGCAGAAGGUAUGCUUAGACCAAAGGGCCUAGGAUCCAUCUAGGCAGUUAGGAGCCCCCUGACCACCAUCUUGAGGACUCUUAGCCAGAGGGAACAUUCACUAGGAGUCCAUUCUUAAGCCUAUGGGGGAGGGGUCCUCCAGAGAGAGGCAUUGUAUUGAUAUAUAAAUAUAUAUAUAUAUAAUAUAUAUGUGAGACAUACUGACAGAAUCUGUAAGCUAAUAAACUAUAAGAAAAGGUGACAAAAAAAAGGAAAUAGGUAAAUUGACAAGAAGUAUUUAUUGUUUUCCCAUAUUACUUUAUUUGCCUCCCUGGCCAUAAACCAGUUUCAGUAGAAGUAGAGCCUUUAAUAGACACCUUACUCCCUGGAACAGCCAGGAACCUUCUCCUUGAUUUCCCUAGACUGUGUCUAGGGCUGUAGGGCUCAGUGGUGAAGAGGUACACGUGCCUAACCCUUUUGCCCCUCUCUGUUUUCUGGCAAUCCAGGGGCCCAGCUCUCUGGAUGAGUAGGGCACACACCCUGUGAUCGAAGACCAGAGUGAGUGAGUGGGAUGAGACCCAGAUGUGUGUGGCUUGGGGGGGUCGUGUCUAUCUUGUGUGUGUGUGUGUGUGUGUGUGUUUCUCCUCCAGGGAGCUAUGUCUGUGUGGGUAUACUAUUUCAGGGAGCUGGGGAGCAUCUCAGAUGGGGAGCAGUGGAAGACUCCUCAAAGGAUAAAACCUUGGGCUUAAUGGCCAACCUCCUCCUCAAGUGUCCUUCCUUCUGAGAUAAUUCAAACCAAUGCCUGAUGGCCCCUCUCUUCAUUUCCCCGCUGUACCCCAGAUUCCUUCUUCUGAGAUGGGAAAUAGGUCCUGUCCCCUUUCUUUGUAAAUAUUGUAUCCGAUGUUGCACAGCCCAGGGGCUCUUCCAGUCAGGGUGUCCUGUACGUGCUUGAAGCUGGGUGAGGUGUCAGGCCCUCUGGAUCUGAGUCUGGGGUCAGAUUUUACACUUGCUUCCACACCAGAGCCCACCAGCAGCCCCCUCCCCGGUGUGAUCAGCCCUGUACUUCAGGCCUUCACCCCUGGUGAGCUGUGGGAAUAAACCAGGGACAGUGCUGAUCACUUAUUCCCAGCAUGCCUCUGGGGGCCAUGGGAGCCUAAGAGCUUUAGCCUUUCCAGAAGAAUGGUGAGGGAAGGGACCACAGGCCCAUGGAAGCUCCACUUGGGGGACUACACUAUCGCCUGCGGCCCUUCUCCUCUCUCUGUCUCACAGGUGGGCCUGCGCAUGUGCACACACAUACGCACAGAUGCAUACGUGCACACACACAUGCACACACACCACUCCACACCUGCAGUCUAUUCUUGCCAAAGAUUUUCUUUAAAAGAAAGCACUUUUACUCGUCGUUAUUAUUUUGUAGAUGUUUCAGCAUCCCCUCCCUUGAUGUGUUUUGCUGUCCUUCCUUGUGGAGUCUGUGUGUCAGCAGGAAGAGUGUUGUCUGAGCAUGAGUGUGGGUCAGGGAUUGAACAGGGUCUGGAAGAAAUGGUGAGAAAGAGCAGGAGAAACAGCCAACUGGAGAGGCCGUGAGCAGGUGGCAGCAAGGCCAGGCUGUCUGUCCGUCAGGUCUCCGAAGAAAGCCUGGGAGCUUUGUCCUAGCUGCAACCUGGAGACAAGAGGUCAGGGAGGGACAGCUCUGAUUUGGUAAGGAUUGGGGCCCUGUGAGGUCCUUGUGGCUCUUUCCAGGGGAUCCAGAGGGAAGAACUGGGCCUGAGAGUAAUGGCGAGGUAACCUCAGAGGGAAAAUCGGGAGAGGAGCUCUUGGCUCCUUCUCCAGGGGUGGCCGAGACCCUCACCUGCUAGCUCAGCCCUGGGUGUGGGAAAGGCCUUUGCCCUCUCUUCACCCAACCUUCCCUGCACUUCUGAUGGCUGUGGACAUCGAUGGCCAGGAUUCCCGCCCGCUUCCCCUGGGUUUUGAGGGUGUGCGGAAACUAGCCAGAAGUGAUGGGGCGGGGGGAGGGGGCUGUGAUCUCUCUGUAAACAUUAACAGGAGAAGAGUAGCAAUUCUUCCACCUUGUUCUGUGGGCCUGAGCAGAGGUAGAACCAGCUCCCUGCACUGGCCAGUGGGGUACAGAGGGACCCCCAAAUGUGAUACAUGGCCCUCCAUCCUUACCUCCUGAGACUCCUUCCCCCUAAUUUUUUCCCCCCAGCUUUAGGUCUUGAGGGGAAGUUGGGUAGGGGAAGCAACCAUCCCCUCCCCCUCCCCCUAUGUUGGGGGUCCUUGAAAAACAUGGGGGAGGGCAGAGUACUAGAGCUGUGCUUUACCUAGCCCCAGGCUUGGGGAUCCUGAGACUUGGGUCAGUGGUAACCUGGGAUGUGCGUGCGCAUGUGUGUGCAAGUGUGACUGUGUGUGCGUGUAUUUUGCUUAUCUCUUUCGAGAACUUAGGGGUGGGGGCCGGACGUGGUAGAUGGUGGAAUGUCACAUUCAGUAGGACACAGCAGCAAGAGGGAUCCAGGUAGGAGGGUCUGGGGCUGUUGGUACAAGCCGGCUCUUCCUAGCGGUGAAGCUGUUUAGAGUGAUGUCUUCAGUUUGUCUUCCAGUCCACGUUCACCCCAGGCAAUGCUCUUCUGUGCGUCCACGUUUGGUUUGUGCAUGUGUGUGACCAGCACGUUGGGGUGCGCAUGCUGUGUUCCCCCACUUCCUUCCCUCCUCUCUGACUCAUUCAAAACAAAUGUAAGCGAUUCCUAAUGUCACAGUCCACCCUUGGAAAAGCAGUCCCUGUCUCCCCCCCCCUCCCGGCUGUGUAUUUAUAUAGAUGGAAAUGUACUUUAUAUUUUGUAUCGUGGUGACUAUAACCUCUGCCACCUUGUAUAAACCCUGCCGUGUGCGCCUCGUCCCAGACAUGAAUGUAUGUACACUAACGCUCUGCCCGCUCCUGUACAGCGCCUGGUCUCCUGCCACCUAUUGUACGGCCUUACAAAGAUAAAGCUAAAGACAAAUCCA